CGUUGCAGCCCUACCAGACAUACGAUGAGAUGAACAAAGAGUAGACAAAUAAUCAAAUAUAGAGGCUAGUAGUGGAACCCAACCAACCACUCCUACUGUCAGCAGCAUCGUGUUCCUCCCUGAGCUCAGAUCUAUGUGGACUGUGAUGGUCCUUCAGUCCAGACCUGACCUGAUCAUAUCAUCAUCUGUGUCCUCCAGGUUGAAUAUCUGUAACCUGUCAGAGACAAGCUGUGAAGAUCUGUCCUCAGUUCUCAGAUCCCAGUCCUGUAGUCUGACACAUCUGGAGCUCAACAACAUCAUGAAUCCUUCAGGUCAGAAGAUCCUGUCAGAUGGACUAAGGAGUCCAGACUGUAAACUGGAGACUCUCAGGUUGAGUAUCUGUAACCUGUCAGAGAGAAGCUGUGAAGGUCUGUCCUCAGUUCUCAGAUCCCAGUACUCUAGUCUGACUCAUCUGGACCUCGACAACAUGGACCUGAAGGAUUCAGGACUGAGGAUCCUGUCAGAUGGACUAAGGAGUCCAGACAUGAUGUACAUGUAGUGGAUCAGUCUGAGCUGGUUUUCAGACCAGCUGUUCAGUGUCUGACAUGAAACACAUGCAUGUUCCUUUAUUUAUAAGUAACAAACACAGGAACUAAACUGUAUGAAGAUGUAUUUGAACCAAAUGAGUCUAAAUCUACAGAUAUUAUCCAAAGGACAGUAAAGUGUCUACAGUCUGAGGGUUGGACUGGAGUGGAACUGGUUUGUCUGUUCAAACACUGGAACCCAAGAACCAUUGAACCUUUGAUUUGGAGGUGGUGAAGGAUGUUCAUUUAUGCACUUGAUGUUUUUGGACCAAUAUCUGUACAUUUGUGUCUUUAUUUGGUCAAAGUCAAUCUUCAUCCAGUUACAUUUGUCUGAGUAACAGUAAAAGAUCAGGUCUUUCCAAACUUUGGACAGGGACUGGACUAAUCUGAGUCUGUGUUCAGAUCUUGUCCUGAACCGAGUCAGUCCAAUAGAAACUGGCUCCAGGUCAAUCCCAUUUGUGCUGAAAUCCAUCCACAGAAUAACUGUGUCCAACAGCUGACGCUGCUUCUUUUCCCUCCUCAGAUGAUGUGUGAUGUUUUGUGUUGCAGACUGUCAGGAUGUCUGAUCACAGAGGAAGGAUGUUCUUCUCUGGUCUCAGCCCUACAGUCCAAUCCGUCCCAUCUCAGACUGCUAGAC